ACCACACACAGGCAGGCCGCAACCAAUCAGCUGUGUGAAAGCUGCUGUUGUCGCGGGCAGGCCCAGGUUCCCGCGGCUGCCGCUCGGCGCCCAGCAGGUGCGUGUGGCUCUUGCUUCUGCCUGGGGCAAGGGGUCCUGCCGCCGGCCCGGCCCGGCCCUCGCGGCGCGCGAUGUGCGACGUGUCCCUCCCCCCCGGGUCCCAGCGCGUGGCUCCGCGCGCUCCGGUCCUUUCCUCGCGCCAGUAACGGCACCGCGGCGGGGAUGGCGCAUGCGCUGUGGUGGCCCCUUGACCCCCUUCCCUCCCCACGCGGCUGGGCGCGAGGUUCCGCCUGCCUCCUUUAGGGGAGAGGGCAGCCCCUGCCCCGGACCCAGCACCUGGGGCAGGCAGGUAGGCAGUAUCCAGCCGUAGGCCGCCCCCCCCGGCACAGCCCUACGGGGGAAAGGGGCCUAAUCUAGCUCAAGGGGAGCGGGCCAUGACCCAAGACUCGGGAUUUUACCAGGGGGGAGAAUGCCUCUCCCAUUGCCAAAUUUCCAGACCCCCACCUCAGCCUGGAUGGGAUGGCUCUGCUGGCCAUAUUUGGCUUGUGGGCUGGAGGUGGAACACCCCUGCAUUAGAGCAAACUACUUACAUGCAAAUAAAGAGAACAUUCAUCCUCCUAAAACAGUAUUUGUGGUAUUGUAUCUAUUAACAAAAAGUGUAAAUUGCUGCGGGGUGCAGUUACAGCCCUCAGGAAAAUCUAUGAGGCUAUUUAAAAACAGAACAAAAAACCCAACAAAUAUACCCACUGUCAGCCUUUCUCAUUUUUUUUUCUUUGAGCGUGUCAUGCUGAAUUACAGCUUGGUGACACUGAAUGUACGUGGAUAAGAACGAACUCAACAGAACUGAACUUGACCAAUUUAAAGCAGUGCCAAGAAGGAUUUAUUGCCAAAUGUUUGGAAGUAAAAUGCACGUAGCACAGAUCAGUAAAUAAAUGGCAACUUUCCCUAUGUGUAAAGAAAACUGCAAAGAUUUUUGGCUUUGAAGGAACAUGUUGGCUCUUUAUUACCGUAUUUUUUUUCACAUACCGAACACUCUUGCAUGUAGUACACACCUUAUUUUGAAAAGGCAGCUGGAACGAGAAAAUAAAUUGUUCUGUCUGGUAAACUGAGUAGCAGCAAGUAGGGAGCCAAGAACUGCCUGUCCCAAGCACCAAAUGGGGCCCACAGACCAACCUGGUGUGCUGAGGCUGGGGCCGUGUCCCAGUUCCAAACCUGCCAAACCAGGGUCUCAGGCUGGUUCCAGGGCACCUUGCUGGGUCAGACCUGUUGUGGCAAGUCUGGGUCCCUCAUAUUGAGUCUAUAACUGCAUGCUGGGUCCAGGGCUGCAUGCUGGCCACAUGCUGGGUUUGACCUGGCAAGCCAGAUCCAGAGCCAGAUGCUGGCUCCAGAACUACAUGCUGGGUUGGACCUUGCACAUCAGAGCCACACACGGGGUUGGGCCACAGACUAAUCUCAUGUGCUGUUGCAUAAAGGGUAUGUUCUUAUGCCAGAAAUGUAGUGGUGAGGGAACGGUGACUGUAUGAAUUGCUAUGGCUCCCCCAUCUAUGGGGAUCUGUUUUUCUAGCAUAUAAUGCACAGCCCAGUCUUUGCGAGAUGAUUUCGGAGGAAAAAGUGAUGGGUUGGUUAUAUGCAAGAACAUACAGUACUCCUAAUCGUUGUGGUUUUAAGUGAUUCAAAUCACAUUAGUAAUUUAAAAAAGUAAUUGUUGUGGUCUCUUCGCCCUUUGAUGUUCUUUUCAUUGGAACUGGUAGACGUGUUUCUCCCUCAGUAGUAAACAUCAACUUACUUACGUAGAAAGUUGCAUUAAAUAAUACUGCUUAUUGGAAUAAAAUAAACAGAAGAGCCCCAAUGCAAUGCAAACACCUGGAUUUUGAUCCAGCGACAUGCAGUUGCCAUUUGGAUUAAAAUAAGCUGUUGGGGUAGUAUGUUUGUUUUACAGACAAGUCCUGUUGUUGUGUUUCAUCCUAAAAAUGAGUGCAGACAUGUUUACGAAUAUUGUGAAUUUAAAUAUUUUUAAAGUCUUACAAUCAUCAUUUUUCUUUUACAAUGCCCACACACAAAUUUGCCUAGCGAAUACGUAAAAGACCUAUUCGUCUACAAAAUAAUCUCAACAUAGAAAAGAUGUAAUUACCUCAUCUAAAUGACGAAUCCAUGUACUAAGAAUGGGGAAAAGAGAAAGUUUACAAAACAGUGAUGUAUUAUAUCCUUGAUGGAGAAACAGAACUUUGAACUCAGGCAUUACCAGGAUUGAAGAUCUGUAUUUUGAGAUGACUCUUCAGGAGAUGGUGCAUCAGGCAGCCACCCUAUAUUCUGAUAGAAAUGCAGUAUGUUUUGAUGAAUGUAAUGAUAAGCCUCCAAUUUUCUACACUUACAACAUGGUUGUGAACCUUGCCACGGAAUUAACAGUUUUCCUGCAAAAACACUGUGAUCAGAGAAGAAGGUGUGAAAUAGGUCUCUACUGCUAUCCAGGAAUAAAUUUACCAUCUUGGAUCUUAGGAGUUCUUCAAGUACCGGCUGCAUAUUCUCCUGUUGAUCCAGAUGCACCACCAAUGUUAUCUACUUAUUUUAUGAAGAAAUGUAAUCUCCAAUAUAUCCUUGUUGAGAAUGACAAAGUAAAGAAGUUCAGAAUAUCUCAUUCAGGCUGGUUUUUACAAAAUUCUUCUGCAAUAGAGCACAUUGGGUUAACUCUUUUCCAAACUCAUUGGAAGGAUGAUUAUGUAAAUCUUCAUCUAGUUGGUGCAAAAGACAAAAACGAAACCACCAAAGAUACAAGUACUCGGGAGACAGAUUAUACAACCCUUCUGGACCAGUUUGAAAUAGAGACAUCAAAAGCGGGUUAUCUGGAUAUCGGGAAACAACAAACUUUAGCAUACAUCUUACAUACAUCAGGAACUACAGGACUCCCCAAAGUAGUCAGAGUGCCUCAUAAAUGUAUUGUGCCAAAUAUUCAUCAUCUUCAAUCCAUAUUUAAGAUCACACAAGAUGAUGUGCUGUUCCUGGCCUCACCCCUGACAUUUGAUCCAUCUGUAGUUGAGCUGUUCAUUGCUCUGACAAGCGGAGCCUCUCUACUUAUAGUACCAAACCCAGUUAAAAUGAUGCCUCAGAAGUUAUCCAUUGCUCUCUUUCACCAUCACAGAGUGACAGUAUUGCAGGCAACACCAACAUUUCUCAGAAAAUUUGGAGCUCAAUGUAUUAAGUCAAGUGUGUUGUCUGCCAGCACUUCGCUCCGUGUCUUAGCCCUUGGUGGAGAAUCAUUUCCUGCACUGGAUGUCUUGAGAAGCUGGAAGGACAGGGAAAACAAAACACACAUUUUCAAUCUUUAUGGCAUUACAGAAGUGUCAAGCUGGGCCACUUGCUACAGAGUUCCCGAAGAGGUUCUUAGUCCUGAUCUUCGAGCUGAUUCCUCUGUACCACUGGGAUCACCGCUGCUGGGAACUACAGUUGAGGUCAGAGAUGCUAGUGGUUCUACAGUUCUAGAAGGCGAGGGUCAAGUAUUUAUAGGUGGUAAAGAACGGAUUUGUUUUCUUGAUGAUGAAGUCACUGUUCCUUUGGGUACAAUGAGAGAAACCGGAGACUUUGUGAGAGUGAAAGGUGCAGAGAUGUUUUUCCUGGGGCGGAAGGACAGCCAGAUUAAACGUCACGGCAAACGUCUUGAUAUUGAAUGUAUUCAACAGGCUGCUGAAAGUCUUUGUCAGGUGGAAGCCUGUGCGGUAAUAUGGUAUCAGCAGGGAAAAUUAAUCCUGGUUGUUGUACCCAAAGACAAUUUAGCAGAAGAAGAUGCUUUUAAAGAACUCCAGAAAUGUCUCCCAGUUCAUGCAGUCCCAGAUGAGCUUGUGCUGAUUGAAGCUUUGCCAUUGACAUUACAUGGUAAAAUUAAUACAUCUGAACUGAACAAGAUUUACAGUGCCCAUCUGAACUCCAUAAGGCGUGACAAUAAGCUGAACGGAGCAGAGGAAUUGUGGGAAAGAUUGCAGCAUUUAUGGAAGUCCAUUCUAAGUCUUCCAGAUGAGCCUUUCAGCAUUUCCAAAGACUCAGUGUUCCUAUACAGUGGUGGAGACUCUAUAAAAUCGCUACGGUUUCAUGAUGAGAUUGAAAAUAUGGUAGGCAAGGUCAUACCUGGGCUCCUUGAAGUUAUUCUCAGCAGUUCUAUUGCUGAGGUUUACAGGCUUGUUCUGAAAACUGUGUUUCCAAGUGAGGACCAACUUAAAAAUCCUAACACCUCUAUGAAAAGAAAACUGAAUGACUGCAGUGGAGAGGAGGCUUGUGAAGAACAUGUGAACAUUAAAUCUAGAGGAUACAUCACUGUUGCUGCAGGUUUGAUUUCAUUUGUUGCACUAAGUCGAGGAAGUCAUAUGUUCAGUGUGAACUGCUCCAAGUCUUUUAUAAAUCUAAGUAAUAUGAGACAGGCAAGAACCAAAUUAAGACAAUCACCAUUGUCCUCACCUGUAAUUUCUAAUAUAAUGAAAACUGAAGAGAGGCGAAGUGAUCUAACAAAUGUCAGCAAAGCAGAUGAAAUAGGUCCUCCACAAGGAUCUCCUGGAAAAGACAAUUCUGUACCAAUAGCUAAGUUUCUAAUAGGUGUAAGAUGGACAUCCUGUACUGGCAAAUGUGUAGAUGCCUCACCAUUGGUUAUAAUACCAGCAACAGAUGAUCUGUCUGCUACUGUAUAUAUUGGGUCUCAUUCUCAUGCAAUGCAAGCAAUUGAUCUAGACUCAGGAAAAAUCAAAUGGGAGAGAAUUCUUGAAGACCGCAUUGAAUCCUCUGCGUGUGUGUCAAAGUGUGGCAGUUUCAUUGUUGUUGGAGGUUACAGUGGUUUAGUGUAUGUGCUUAGAAGCAAUAAUGGGGAAACACACUGGGUGUUUACCACUGAGGAUGCUGUGAAAAGCUCUGCAGCUCUAGAUCCUUCUACUGGACUAAUCUACGUUGGAUCACAUGAUCAGCAUGUAUAUGCUUUGGAUAUUUAUAAAGAGGAGUGCAUCUGGAAGUUGCACUGUGAGGGUGGAGCUGUGUUUGCUUCUCCUUGUCUAAGCCUGUUGCCUCAUCACUUGUAUAUUGCUACACUAAGAGGAUGUUUACUGGCUGUAAAUCCAGACACAGGGGGUAAAAUCUGGAAAAGCUCCUGUGGAAAACCUCUCUUCUCUUCCCCACACUGCAAUGCUCAGUACGUCUGUGUCGGAUGUGUGGAUGGAAAUCUGUACUGCUUUAGUCACUCUGGUGAAAAGGUUUGGCAGUUUUCCACCAAUGGACCAAUCUUUUCAUCCCCAUGCAUCUCAAGCUUAACUAAGCAAGAAAUAUUUUUUGGCUCCCAUGACUGCUUUAUCUACAGCUGUAAUAUGGAAGGUAAUUUACUGUGGAAAUUUAAAACCACUUCAAGUGUAUACGCAACUCCAUUUGUUUUCCAUAGUCAUGACUUGGAGAGGGAAGCAUUCCUGGCAGCAGUGUCUACAGAUGGCAAUGUGUGGCUCCUGAAUGCAAAGAAUGGCAUGGUAGAGGGUAUCCAUAAACUCCCAGGAGAGGUAUUCUCUUCCCCUGUAGUGUGUGGGGAAAGGCUUAUUGUUGGCUGUAGAAAUGAUUAUGUUUAUUGCCUAGAUUUGUUUAUAGCUGAAAAAAUUAGGAACAGCAAAGAUGUGCUAAAUGCUCCACUUAACAGUUGUUUUUUGAAUGCACGUUAAGCACCUUCACUUGCAAGAUGCUGGCUACAUCAUGGUCUUUGUUUAACAUUGUACAACUGUCUGUUUUUGAAAACUGCGUAGAUAGCAGUUUUUUAACAAUGUCUUACCUGGGCUAGGUGAAAAUGCAUGCAUGUACUUAUGUGGCUUCUCUCACAGCCAUAAAAAGUGAGAGUAGCAGAGGGUUGCUCUGUAUUGGUCUGGAAUCCAAGUUGAUACAGACCAGCCCAGGAUCCAGAGACUGCAAAGUUGAUUUUUAAAUCCAUUUAUCUUCCUUUGCACCAAGCACAGACUUACCAGAGCAAGGAAUCAGUCCUGUAACUGCAUACCAUCUAGAAUUCAUAUUCUAAUAUAUAUUAAUAUUCUAAUAUAUGCCUGAAGAAUUACUUUGUUUCAUCUAGGAAGGUUAAUCCUGCCAGAGGAAUCUAAAUAAACUGAGGCUAUCUAUGUCUGUACCCCUUGAACUUUUGCUACAUUAAAUACAGUAGGAUUUUCUGUGGUGACUAGGCCCUGUCAACAAAAGGAAACUUGUUGCUCAAGCUGCACAAGCUCCCUUGAACAGCAGAAGGUCUACCACCCUGAUGCACUUUCUGCCAGUGUGGCUGUGCCUAUACCAAGGGUUCUGCAGGCAGUGCUAUGUUGACUAUGGGAAGUGAUGUCUUCAUGAAUCCAGCCAACAUUGCGCUGCCUGUGGAACUUAUCGUGCAGAGUAAUAUCGAGUCUUUGGUUCUAUACAGUGACACAAGCUUGUUUUUAAAUACAUAAUACAGAAACUGCUUUCAAACUAACUUUUUUAUUAAAAUUCAAGAUGUAUUCACUACAUGAAGUGCUUAGUACUGAUGCUUCAAACCAUUGUGAAAGCAUAAAUAAAAGCUUAUUCAUUCUUCUGACUGGCAAGGAAAUUGAAAAAAGCAUAAAAGAUAAGGAAUGGCAUGUCCAAAGGCUCCAAAUUCCUGGUAAGUUAAAGGCCCUAGUCAGUUAAUCCUUGUUAAUGCUGGUUUGCUUUGCAUAGCUUUCAAUUUUGUGCGAGAGGGCAAGACUAGAAUAGUGGUUAGGGCAACUUACCUGGGGUGAAAUGGAACCUUUUAUUUCCUACUACAGUGAAAAGUUAAGUAUUUCACAUUCAUUAUUCUUUUUAAGCCUAGAUCGCUCCAUGUCCGUGUGCCUUAACUGUUAGUGUGUAAGGUCAUUCUCCCACAUGCUGUCUUACAGAAUACUUACUUUUAUGCAAAGCACAGAAGGAUUGACAGGAGGUAUUGAGAGCCCUUUACCAUUGUCCCCCUCAGAAUUAAAUAAUCCUUGAACCCCGUGACUAAAACAUUCAUUUAGAAGAUGGGAGAUAUGGAUUGAUGUCCCUGCAGGCAGAGAAGGGGUAGAACUUGGCUCUCUCCAGCAUGGUACUCUUAAAUACUGGGCUGCUGGAUAAAAGGGGUGGAGGGUUGUGGUGGUACUGGCCCCACUGCCUCCUCCCAUUGUGUUUUUGUGGAAAAAAAGGCCAAGGUAGUUGCAAGCUAGCUUGUGACUGAGUCUCAACAGGAGCUAUGCAUACUCUGCAACCUGGAGUUAAGUCCCAUUCCUCAGAAGGCUGUGUUGCUUACAUGCCUGUGUCGUUUUCUGAGUGGACACUCUCAGUAUGCUGGCUUCUGAAGAUGCUAUUCCAAGGCACUUACCUCUCUCAAUACAUUGUAUAAGGAAGCUAGGCAUCUAACCUGGCAAAGUGGAUUCCACCAGGCAGUAAGGUGUCAAGUACUUCUUCAGAUCUCACAUUUAGGAUGAGAUCCAAUUCCAUCUAUAACAUGCCUAAGUAUUAUCCUGUCCACCCAUCUUUGGUCCCUGAAAAAAGUUAAUGUACCUGUUUUUGUAAUGUGCCCUCAUCAAACCUUUAGGUGUAAGUGUCAAAAAGCAGCAAGCAGGAGGAGGCCCAUGCACCCUCUGUGGUUAACUUUUUUCAGGGACUUAAAUAGAGUGGAAGAGGAUUGCUCCUAGAUACCCCAUAGGUGGAACAGAAUCUGGCCCUUUACUUUGGCUCCUGGGGGCCAUACAUUGGAGCUGUCAAUUUGAGGAAUGUGCUUGAGAUAUAAUAAGUAACUUCUACCACUUAGACCAACAGUGAACAAUGACCUGUUUGUAUUGUGCAUAAACUAAAUAAACCCAAUUAUCCAAAA